GCGGUGGCGGUGGGCGGCGGGAAAGCGCGAGGAUGGCAGGCCGGCGCGGGGCCCUCAUCGUGCUGGAGGGCGUGGACCGCGCCGGCAAGAGCACGCAGAGCCGCAAGCUCGUGGCCGCGCUGUGCGCCGCCGGCCACCGCGCGGAGCUGCUCCGUUUCCCGGAAAGAUCAACCGAAAUUGGCAAACUUCUGAGUUCUUACUUGGAAAAGAAAAGUGAGGUGGAGGACCACUCGGUGCACCUACUUUUCUCCGCGAACCGCUGGGAGCAAGUGCCGCUGAUUAAGAAGAAGUUGAGCCAGGGCAUCACCCUCGUUGUUGACAGAUACGCAUUUUCUGGUGUCGCCUUCACCAGCGCCAAGGAGAACUUUUCCCUGGAUUGGUGCAAGCAGCCAGACGUGGGCCUCCCCAAGCCGGACCUGGUGGUGUUCCUUCAGCUGCGGCUGGCCGAGGCUGCCGUGCGGGGGGAGUUCGGCCGUGAGCGCUACGAGAGCGGGGACUUCCAGGAGCGGGCGCUGCGCCGCUUCCACCAGCUGAUGGCAGAUGAGACUUUGAACUGGAAGAUGGUCGACGCUUCCAAAAGCAUCGAAGAUGUCCACAAGGAAAUCCACGCCCUCUGUGUGUACACCAUCCAGGCCGCCGCACAGAGGCCGCUGGGGGAGCUGUGGAAGUAG